GUAAACCCUAUUUCCCUCUUCACUCCACCUCACCUCACAGCUGAUCAAAUGUCAAGAAAAUGGAGUUUUGUUACGCAUUUUUUAAUUCAGAUUAGAAAAAGUUUCAAUAUGAAAUCGAAUAACACUAUUUUUAUAACCUGCCUGGGUUAGAAUGGAUAGCACAAGUCCAUUUCAGCCGUGGGCGUCUGACGAUAGUGCAAAAAACGUUAAAUCUGAAAGAGAACUAGUGGAUGACGCGAAACUUCAUCGGGAAAAUGUCAAUCAUCCAAAACAUAGGCAAACUGCGUCUUACGAUAAAGAAAGUGUCGCCGUUCCUAGCAACGCUCCAGGAUCUUCGGGCGCUACUGGCGCCAGCACCGAGCCCAUUAAGGGCAAAGAGUCUAAAAUGGACUCUAGCAAAAUAGCUUCCAUGCAACAAAUCGUCGAGAGCACCCUCAGUCAAGAGGGUCGGCAAAGAGUUGCACAGCUGCUGGAAGCAGUGGAAGCUUUGAGUGGUGCGGAGAGAUUACUACUGUACCUGCGUCUGCCAACCGGCGUGCCCCCACAUGACCCCUUAAAACAACCCAUCAAUCCAUUAGGCUCUAGGGCUGAACUUCAGCAAACUGUAACAUGGAUACAGACACAUUUAGAAGUUGACCCAGAUGUCUCAUUGCCCAAACAGGAUGUAUACGAUGAAUAUAUUGCGCAUUGCAUGAGCAGCAACAUGAAACCUCUGUCCACUGCUGACUUUGGCAAAGUGAUGAAGCAAGUGUAUCCAAGUGUGCGCCCUCGACGUCUCGGCACGCGCGGUAAUUCCAGGUACUGCUAUGCAGGUCUUCGAAAAAAGAUCAAGUUAGAAGUGCCACAGUUACCUGAUUUAGGAGAGUCAUCGAAGGAGCCAACGACUUCGUCACGAGAAACGGAAAGAAUUAUUUGCGACUGGGCGGAAACUAAAUUAGGUGUGAAGUUCGCGACGAUAUCGGAUCUGUCGCGGCACCUGACGUCGCCUCGCGCGCCGCUGGCGCCGCCCGGGCCGCACAGCGCGUCGCCGCCGCCGCUCGCGCAGCCACACGCAACGUCAGACGACGCUACCAGUCGACAACUAAUAAAGCACUUGAAACGCAAAAUGCAGGCUCACGGGACACCCGGGCGUCCGAAAAAGAACAAAAGCUUAGAAACGGCAGGUGAAUCUCCGCCUUCCACAUCCUACGUGGGUCUUCACCAGCCGCUCAAACACGAAAGCGAAAUCGUAGGCGAGCCCAGCUACGGGUACCAGCAUGCGUACGUGCCGCCGUACGACGUGCGCCCGCCCUUCCCGUACUCGGCGCCGCCGCGCGCGCACCCGCCGCACGCCGCGCACCCCCCGCACCCGCCGCACCCGCCGCACCCGCCCCUCGCGCCCGCCGUCAUGCACGACUACCGCUCCGAGUCCUACGUGUUCGAGCCGCCUUAUGCGCCGAGAGACCUCAGUCUGCCUCCUGAUGCGGCUCACAAUUUGCCCAUCAAUUUGAGCAGCGACGCUUGUGACGCUUCACUGGACCUCUCGACGGAGCGCACCGAAUGGCAAAGACGAAGACCUCCCGAACCACCCCCGACACGACUAGCUCUCCCAGGUAAGAAACAAAUAUUAGAGACGUACCAGAGCGAGACCCAAGCGAGUUCACCGCGCCCAAUGCCGCCGGAAACGCGCGUGGUGCCUCAGCCCACUGAAGAAUUUCCGCGAGCGGAGUACCUCCCUAAGAAAAUGAGAGCGGCCGAGAUCCUCGGCGGAAAGCUAGCAGCCGCGCGGCAGGCUUUCACCAGCACGGACGCAGCUUCGAGCUCGGUCCCGGUCGCGGAACCCCCUGUUCGUUCCGAGGGUGCUUUUUUAGAGGAUCCAAAAAACUCCACGAGCCGGUCCACAAGCACCGCCGCGGCGCUGGCCCGGGAGGAACAGGAGGCGGCGAGUCCCACGCGAUCGGUGAAGGCUCUGACGUCCGAGUCCGAACGCACCAAACUACGAAAAAGUAGCCGAACGAAGGGACCCUCGCCGGAUCGGGUGGGAUCGCCCGAGCGACCCACGACACCCGGUUCGUGUUGCGGUCUGGACGGGAUCAAUAUCAAAACUGGAAUGAUUUGUGAAGAGAAACAUUCGGAAAUUUUAAACAGGGAGCGUGUCAUCAGCAUUUGCAAUAUAGAUAAACACGCCUUGGACGAUUAUUUGAACGAGGGAAACAGUCAAGAGCACGAAGAAGAAUUGCUCCAAUACUUUCAUCCGAGGACGACACAGUCAGAGGCACCUGCAGAUCCCACCGCAACAGAUGCAGCUGCUUUUUUAGAAGCAUGCACGGAGCCACAAGACGAACUUAGUCAAGGUAAAAACGAAAAAAUAUCACAGUUGCGCGAAUUAUUAGCUAAAAAUCUUAAAAACCAAAGUGGGACCAAUUCACAAAUUAUUCAGGAUAGCCAAAUAUCUCAGGAAAAUUUGCAUGGUCAAAGUAUCAAGACGGCUGUUUCCGAAGGAGCUUUCAAACCGGUUGUGGCUACUGAAAACGAAAUAAAUGGUUCCACUUUGAGAAAUAACAGUGAUAAUAGUACAUCAAAACAUUGUAACGCUAUACCAAAUGAAAACGGCACAUCUUUGCCGUUUACCAAUGUUUCAACAACACCUAGUCAAAUUAUUACGAAUGUCGGUGGCUCGCAUCUUUACAACGGCCAUUACAACAAUGACCGCGAGAGCCCCACCACUAGAACCCAGCAAUAUGACUUUGUACCUAUUUCUGAAGGGUGCCACUCACCUCGAAAUUUUCAUUCAAAAUCACCACUGGGAUUUAACCAAAGAGGACAAAGUCCUUCAAAAAUUAAUAAACAAGUUGCAAUGGGUGGUUCACUGCAGACUUCACCAAUAUCACACAGCACGGCCGCCAGUCCAUUUGUAAGUCCCCGAAACACUCCAGUCCCUCGGUCUCGGCUCUGCCCUCGACCGAUACCGAAGCAUAAUGUUAGAAAACGGCGCAAUCAAUUAUCGCUGGGAAUGAACGACCCAUGUUCUAAGCAAUUUGCAAUACCGAACGACCAAAAAUUUAUUCCCAAAGGCCCCGUUUGUGACCCAGGUAAAUAUUGCCAACCGAUGUCCGCUCCGCCAUCACCCAACAUCACUACAUCGCAAUUUAAAAAUCAUGUCUAUCCAUGUAAUUCGGGUAUUCCAAAUGGUAACAAUAAUCUGAAUCUAAACUUCUUACCGAAUAGCCUAUUUCGGGACCACAUUAACGGUGACCAACCAUUGUCUGCCGAUCCGUUAUCGAGCGAAGUAAGUAAAUUUUUCCAAGACCCACUCGUUACUUACAGGCCUACACAGGACGCUUUUAGAUCUCAGUCCGUGCCCCUCAAACAGGGCUUAAGUAACAUGGGGUUGAUGAGUUAUAACAACACGCCGGUCGGAUCAGUCCCGCCGACCCCCGUACCCAACGAGUUCUGUGACUUUGGUUCCCUGGCUGACCCCUGCGACAUAACGAAUGCCGGCCUUAACCGGGAAACACUAGACAAAAUUUACAAUGCAAUAGAUAGUAGCAACGAUGUACUUAAUAGCGAUGCGACGCAAACACUUCUCAAUACCAAUGAUACGUUAAGUAACGGGUGCGACCCACUUCCGGGACAGCAGAUUAUAGCCGAUCAACUGACAUCUUUGAUCCCCAGUAGUGAUGAUUUAUUAGAUAGAAGUAAUCAUUUUAAUCAAACUUUUGUCAAUGAUGGCACCGGACCGGAUAAUGUUGAAGAUUUCCUCAAAAGACCCAACAGUAUUGAGUUUGAUUUAUCGGGUAUGAUAACGGACAGAAAUAAAUACUAUACGUCUCGUUCUGUGCCGAGCACUCCGUUACCGUCUAAACGUACUGCACCUAAUCUACAAAUCGAUUCACGUCGUUCGAGAGAAUUGUUUACGGCAGAAAGCUACCCCACAAUAUCUAACGGUAUUACUUCGAAGUCCGUUCCCUCUACUCCUCAGUUCGCAGAGGACCGAAGUGUUUUUAGUUACAGCAACAGAGACUUUCUUAUCAAUGGUAAUUCCGUGUGUGGUUCCGCUCAAGUUCACGAGAGCGUCGUGGACAGUGACCAAGCGCUAGCCUCGCCGCUCCACGACAUGCUACGAGAGGAUAUUCUGGCUGAUCCACUGACACCCGCUUUUAUGGCUGAUCUCGACAAAAUGGAAUCAUUCUGAGUCAUUUGUACAUAUUUAUUAUAUGGUUAUUUUUUCAUUUGUAUGGAUACCAAUAUAAAGGUUAUCUCUACAGAGUACAAUCUUUUUGCCUUCAGUGAAGGCAAUUACUAAUUUUUACACGCAUAUAUAUAUUUAGCCCGCACACUCAAACAUUGAGUAGACGCAAUAUUAAUCAGUGAUAGUGAUUAUACCGAAAGCUGUAACCUAUUUGAUAUCCUAAUAUAAAUUUGACUACCUUCAUUUUUCAGAAUUUAUGGUCUUUCUUACAAUUUGACAAAGAUUAUACGAUUUGUUUUAAAAUCUAUUUUAAUAUUAUGUUUGUUGCAUAUUGGUGCUAGUAUUAUAGCGAAUAUAGUAAAAACAACUCGUGUGAAAAUUUAGUUUGACUUGGUAAUAACACCACACUAAAAACUUGAUGGAAAUUGAAUAUAUGUAUAUCAUAAAAUUUUGACUACAUUUGUUAAAUGUGGACCAUAUUGUAUUACCGACGUUCAAUCAUCAUCUCCAUUUAUGUCAAUUAGCAGAAA